CACCUCGCCCCCUCACCCAAAAUGGAACAUUUCAUUUCACGCGAAGCAUGACGGUACACAAAUACCUGCCAAAAUGGCGGACUCUGCAAAGUUUGGAACAGACUUUGGGCCGUUUUAUUCGUUUAGAAGCUGUUUGGAAAAGGAGAAGCUGAUAUAAUUCGACAGAAUUCGGUAAUGGAGUGAUCGUCUAGAAUGGCGAAGUCUCAACAGAAGUAUAAGCUCUCGGACAAAAACAGACAAUUGGUGCUGGACCUGGCCAGGGAGAAUGAGGAGCUGAGCAGGGAUGUGAUGAAGCUGCAGAGUGCACUCGACAUGCAUCACCGACAGGUCGACUCUGAGAACAAAUCUGUGCGGGGGAUGAUGAGGAAAGCUAUAGGCGGAGCUAGGUGGCAGGCGGGAGCACAAGGCAAGCUCACGACCUUCAAAUCCAUCAGCGACAUUGAGGACGACGUCCUAGGAGACAUCGAAAACAGCAGGAUGGAGAAAAAGAGAGCAGCGUACAAGAGACCGCCGUCUGGAAAGCAGCCGAUCAAAAAUUCAUCGGUCCCAAAGGACAGCACGUUAUUAUACAAUCAGGGGACAAAGGGAAGCGUUGGGAGAGAGCCAACCACUGUUCAGUUAACUGCUGGAGGCAAGACCAAAAGCUCAGAGAGAAAGCCUGUUAUUAGAGACAACAUUUGUGAGAGGGAAGCAAGGCACAUAGAGGGACAAAACCCUGCACUGGGAUUCAUUGGUAUGGAUGUGGCGCAGCCUAGUAAAAUCCUGAAGAGGCCAAGUUCAGCAUCAGGGACAAGGGGACAAAAGGCUGGAAAACUCAAAGGAGUUUUGAUUGACAGGAAGCAUGGACGAUCUCUAUCCACACAGAGUAAGGAGACGGGCAGUGAUAAUGCUGCCAAUGGGAAGAAGCAGACACAGAGUAUACAAAAGGUAUCGUUUGACACAGAAGUGAAAGAUGCAGAAGACAUUGGCACUGGGGAAUCAGAAGAGGCAGAGGUGCAGAUCGUAACAACAGGAAAGACAUACCAAGACAGGUUGGUCAGCAUGAAAGCGAAAGUUUUGAACGACACGAACAACGACCCAGCUAAAGUUAAGCCACAGCGGUACAUGAGCAAAACCAUCAGUACAAAACUGAAGACAAACUCUGCACAGCCGGCUGCAAGAACCAAUCAUACCAGGAGAAAAGAAGGUACCGUUGUAAGGUCAGAGGUCCCGACCUCCUGUGACCCAGCAGUUGCAGCAUGGCUAGCCAGUCUGAACUUAAUGGAACAGGAGAAAUACGUCAAGAUUUUUGCAGAUAAUGAAAUUGACUUGGAAGGACUGCGACUUCUAUCAGAAGACCAACUGGCACGGAUGGGAGUCACAGCUAUCGGCGCGAUGAACAAGAUUAUGUUUGGAGUCGAACAGCUCAGAAAUAGUUUCGAUAAAGCAAAGGAGAAAUCUACAAAGGCUGAAGCACCAAAAAUAGAGAGGAAAGGGCCAAUAAAAGGGAAGCCCUUCUCGUCGGGCAUGACAAAAAGGCCAGCAAGUAGUGGCACAAGAAGCAUGGAUGUUGUUGUACCUAAAGAGAGGAAAUCCAAGAGGCCUGUGUCUGCUGAUGUUGUCAGGAGGUCAAGAGCCGGUGUGAAACUGGCAGCAGAAAAGGCCAGCCACAGACAGCAGGAGGAGGAAAGGCAGAAACGACAGAAGGAGAAAAUAGAGCAAAGGAAGAAGGCAGAGAGAGACAAGAUGGCUGCGAGGUUCCUGGAGAAGAAGAAGGAAGCAGAACUGAAGGAAGAGAUGACAGCAGAAGACAGGGGGUCUAGUGGUGCCUCUGACUCACCUGACAUGGAACUUGAAGAUAUUGAGAGUAAUGUCGACAGUAGCAGGACAACCUCCCAGGCCAGUAUCUGGUCCAGACAACCCCAGGGGAUAUCCCUGACCCUGGAGGGGCUGGGGCUGGGCAGGUCUACCGCCAGGGGUGGGGAGUUGGACGGCCCUGACUCUGGGAACAGGAAGGAAUCAGAGCACAGACCAGACACUGGCAGCAGGACUAACAGGUCUCGACAGAGGGAACAUGUAUCUGAUGAUGUAGAGCUGCAGGUAAGCGGUCUACAGCAGAGAGGGAAGGAAAAUGAACAAACUUCCAGAGAAAUCGUGGACAAAAUCCAGCGACAACUGGAGGAAAUGCAGAUGGUCUACAAAUCCAAAUCCCCAACAUCUCCUCACAACAUGGCAGCACAGAGUCAUGCUGCUGGUAAAGAUUCUGGGGAGGAGAUGGAUGUCUCUGAGAACACUGGGAACAAGAGGGAAGGUGGGAGUGGCAGGCCUGUUGCCAUGACAACAUCUCCAUCCAAGCAGGACCUGAUGAGACAGUUAAGGAAGGAACAGGACAAACAUAGGAAGGAGAUAAGACAUCUUGAGUCGGAGCUGAAGAGGUUGAAGUACAAAGAUCCCCUCAGAAACUGUCAGAUUGUGGAGAAAGACAUCAUCUAUAGCACUAAAGAUUUGUUAGGUGAAGGAGCGUUCUCCCGUGUGUUCUGUGGUGUCUACAACGGUACAGAGGUGGCCAUCAAGAGACUACGGUCUCCCCUUUCUGCUGCUGACAAAAACUACUUUGGUGCAGAGGUGAGCCUCCUGAGGGAGCUGCGUCACCCCCGUGUGGUGCUGCUGCUGGGAGUGUGCACCACGGCAGACCUGCCCAUCAUGGUGCUGGAGUACAUGGCGCAGGGUAGCCUCUACCACUGGCUACACGGGGAGGAAAGACCAGAUCUGGACCAUGUGUUGUACUACCAGAUAGCGCGGGACACUGCCCUGGGGAUGAACUACCUCCACAACAGGAAACCUGCCGUGCUCCAUCUGGAUCUCAAGUCCAUGAACGUGCUGCUGGAUUCACAGCUCAGGGCCAAGAUCGCUGACUUUGGCUUCUCUAAACUUAGACAUGAUGCAGAUGUGAAGGCCUCCCAGUCAGGUCACCUGAGAGGCACGCCUGCAUGGAUGGCACCAGAACUGAUCAACCAGGGAAACAUCACUACUAAGGUUGAUGUUUACAGUUUCGGGAUGAUUUUGUGGGAAAUGCUGACCAGAAAACAUCCUUAUCUGGGCCUGUCUAUGUUCCAGGUAAUGGAGUGUGUGAGGUUGAACCAGAGGCCAGACAUCCCAGACUACUGUCCCAUCGGUCUGUCCAGGCUGAUCGGGUUGUGCUGGGCACACAAUCCUGCAAGGAGACCUUCCUUCAAGGACAUUCUGAUUUCCUUGGAAUCGCUGUCCUUCCCUCCGGAAUGGCGGUCCCUCCUUUCUGCUGCUGGCAUCCCCCGCCAAGCAAUGGAAGAUGCCAACUCAGCUCAGCGAAUCAUCCACCUUGUCUCAAACUCGGUGGUUCUCAGUAGAGAUGAACUUGAAAAGGCCGUUGUGACUGGUGAAGUGCCUAGAAGUAAUGAUGAGGGAUUGGAUACUGCAAAGUCGACCAAUAGCAAUACAGAACAAGAAGAGAAGUUUACUACUGGUGGAAACCCUUGGGCAGACACAAAAUUAGAUCUAGACUUUGGUAGUUCAAGCGAUGAUGAAGCUGCUCAUGAAGAAAAUCAUAUCAACACAGAUAGUAAAAGUGAUACUGCAAAGGCUGAAAGCCUGACCAAAAGAACAUACAAAAUAUUAAGCUCCAGAAAGGAGGAACCUCACAAAGUACAAAAAUCAGUCCACGUACCAAGAAUGUGGAAGGGCACCUGGGUGGACAGUGAAGAUAGAAUGGAAGCUGAAGCCUCAGAUUCAGAAUCAGAGGAUUCUUUAGAAGCUAGCAUCCGGAUUGCAGACGGAAAUUCAGAUCCCAAGAGUGCAAGAAAUAUUGGAGCCACGAUAACAGGGAAGACUGUGCCACCUGCACCACCUCCCCCACCCCCCGUGGCUGACUAUGAAAAGUACCUACUGAGGACCUCGUAUGCUUCACCUGAGAAACAACAAGUCAAGAAGAAGUCACAGCAGUCCAAAGAGAACAGUGAUUGUGAAGGUCAACAAGGAAGGGCAAACAGGCACAAGAAAGGGCCACCAAAGACAUCACAGCCUGUAAUACCUGCCUCAGUCCUACAGGAGCAGAAGCAGCGGCUACGACCAGUGGACCUGACACGCCCACAGGAGCUGCCCGACAUCAGCAGGGUGGGGCAGGACAGGCUGGUCACCAUUGCGGAGAUCCUCAAAAAGGCUGUCGGUGAGCGGCGUGUGGCCAUGAACAUGGCAGACGACAUCCACAGCAUUGAGCAGUCCUAUUCUGCAGUCUGGUCUGUGGACAACUGACAACCACCUGUCCCUCCAGCAGGCUUCAUUCUGGCCACAUCUACACUGCUUCAACACUCCCGUUGCUGUGGGCUCAUCUCUCCAAAGGACAAAUCAACUGGGAGAGUUUUAAUCCACGAUGUUGAACACUUUGUGUUGCUUUGUUAGAAAAGACGGACCUUUUUUCAUAUUCUCACUCACUUCUGCAUCAGGUGGAAAAAAGCUGCAAGCUUUAAAAUACACUCAAGUCAAAUGAACUGGCCUGCAGUACUGCAACAUUUUGUUCGAUAGAACUGUUUAUUUGUGCACACAUUGAGAUGGAGUUUGAUAUUUGAUGUAUAGUGUAGCUCCAGUUCAUGAGGCUUUGCACACAGGUGAGCCUUGUGCACAAAGAGAAGUGCCUGAUUUAAUGGUUACUGGAUCUACUAGGUGAUUGUGAAAAAUUUGAUGGUCCCACUGAGGUCACUUCAGCUUAGUUGCAAAAAUGUAUUUGAUGUAUAGAUAUAUACUGAUUACCAUUCCACAGCGUGCCAGCGAAUAUUAAAGCAGAUGAGGCAUUUGAAUGUCAAAUUUCUUCCUGUUUACCUACUGGUUACCAUGCUGCAAAACUUGUAUAGCCUGGGAAAUUUUAAUAUUGGUAUUUUUUUCUGUAUUUGUGUGCUAUUUUGCAAAAAUAAGUUUUGCACAUUUUUUCUUCCAAAGAUAGCUUCUCUAUCAUCUGUACAUUGUAACAGUUAAUUUAUUAGUAGGAGUGGUUUACUGCUCCUUAAAUACACACUAUAGUUGCUGUGGAAACUGUGAGCAAUGAAGAAUAUUACAUGACAAAACAAGCAUUCAACAACCUCAUGCAAGUACAUGUACCCUUACCAAUAAAGCUGCUCUAGAAAGUAGAUAUUGUUGGACUGGUUACAUGGACAUUGUAAGAAAAUAAGCUACAUGAAUUGUAAUGGAUCAUUCGAGAAAUGGGCUUGAACUUGUACUAACAACUAUGACUUUUGCUGUGUCCUAUGAAAAUUUGAAGUUACCAUUAUCAUCCAUAUGAUACAGAUCAAAUGUGCAUAUAUGUACAAAUGUAAUAUGCAGUUGAGUAACAAAGUUAUCCAUUCAACUUUCAUUGUUGAUAUUUGCAGAAUUUCUAUUAAGCAUCUCAAAAUCUCAGCAUCUUAAUUAAAAGUUGCACUCAAUGAAGUAGAGGUUUUUAUUUUAUAGCAUCUGAAUUAAGAUUUUAAGUUUAACAAAAUCUUCUCUGAAAUGAGUCAAGCCUUUCAUAGCUUAAUUGAGGGAUAGUUUAUGUAUUCAGCAAUUUCAUCAGAGAUUUAGUACAUAAACUUUACAGGAAACUGCAGUCAGGGUACAGAAAUGUUAAAGACAGUGGUACAAUAUAAAUAGUGCAAACACUGAACAUUACAGAAUCUUUGAAUUAAAUAUGCUGCUUGGA